GCUUGCGCUGUGGUGACAGUCGUCAUCCGUGACGAUGUACCUUUCUUACUGCGCACCGACGUCAAGCCUUCUAGAUGUCGGAAGCUUCAAUCGAUAAACUGGUGGUCGAAUUCUUGUCUCCAUCACUACUAGCUGUUUCCUCGCAGUAUUCGGAAGGUGACUGACACGCUCCACCAAGAGAUUAAUUCUCUUAGAAAGUGAACGUGUUCUUUUUUUUUUUUCUUUUAUAAUUUUUGGUCUGGCAUCCUAUAGUGCGCGUGGUGCAAGUAUAACCAUGGACGAUAAUUUGGCAAACAUUCUAUUGCAAUCGUAUCUUGGGAUCUAAGUCCACUUUUCGACAAGGUCAGAUACCAAUUUUGAGUAGCAUCAAAUAUGCAUCUGCCAUUCUUUAACAACUUCAAGGCCUCCGCGCACCGCUGGUCAAGUACACCCAUAGACGAGGUUCUUUGACGGGUAGAAGCAUAGUGGAACGAAAAAACUAACGAGCGAAUUAAGCAAAAGUAACACAAGAUAUCAGCAAACUGGUAAAAAUUUUUUUAAAGUGCCUAGGUGAUCGCUUAUAAGGAAUGCUAAUUUAUCCCAGAAACCGGAAUUUGUAUUUACCUUGUACCAAGCAAAAUCUUAAUACUGGCGUCUCGUUAUCGAGGGGGGAAACUACUGCACAUUUCUAAAACCGAAAAAAUCAGCAAGCCAACGAGAGUGAGCGGGAAAAAGAGACAGAGCCCUAGCCGCGGGCGGCAUCGGCUUUUUUGUGUUGUUUUUCACGGCAACCGGAGCUUCCUUCCCUGUGAGCACGUGACCACGUGACCAGGCGGUGAACGAACACCGGUCCCGCAGCGUUCGACACAAGCGCAAAUCUUUGCUGUUUCACUACAUUUGGCGCGCUGGCUCGAGUAAUCUCCUUUCCGUUCAAUCCAGUCGUCAAAGUCCCCAACAACACAGGCGACAUGUUGUCUAAACCCGAAAAUCUUCUCACCAACUACGGUGCAACAAAAGAAAACGGGGACAAACUUUGCCCGGAAACUCACUUGGGAAAAUCAAGCGAGAAAAUCAAUGGCCAAAAUGGUUGUGACAUUGGCCGCGUUGAGUUGGGGCUUACCCGCAACGACUCUGAUUGCUCAACUGUCAAUCAAGCGGCGGCAGCUGAAUGCGAUCCGUGGGCUCUUACGGAUUUAAUGGACACGUCGGAGAAAUGGUCAGAUCUGGACAAGAAAACGAAAGCCAUGCGAGUCGCCAUUGGAGUGGCUAAGAUUGGAGCGUUGCUGGUUUUGCUUUUCUUCUUUGUCUGUUCCCUUGAUCUACUGUCUAGCGCCUUCCGGCUAGUUGGUGGACGAACCACAGGAGAAAUUUUCAAGCAGAGCGAUCUAUUGCAAAAUCCCGUUGUAGGAGUCAUGAUAGGAAUAUUAACCACGGUCUUGGUGCAAAGUUCUUCAACUUCAUCAUCCAUUAUUGUCAGCAUGGUGUCAGCGAACUUUCUCACGGUACGGUGCGCUAUUCCGAUUAUCAUGGGAGCAAAUAUAGGUACCUCGGUAACCAAUACCAUUGUUUCAUUGACCCAAAUGGGCGAUCGUAACGAAUUCCGCAGAGCGUUUGCUGCCGCCACAGUGCACGACAUGUUCAACUGGUUGUCGGUUAUCAUUCUCUUUCCUGUCGAGAUCAUAUCGCGAGAGACAUUUGGAUUAGGAUUCCUUGAGGUCACGAGUGAAGCCGCAACGCAACACAUUGGAUCUGGUGGCCCAGGAGGCGGUGAGGUCAAGCUUCUGAACGCUUUGACUGAACCGCUUUCUAAGCUCAUUGUCCAGAUUGACAAAGGGGUGCUCGAAGGCUGGUCGAAAAAUGAUUCCACGUACUUUAAUUCUUCUUUAAUCAAACAAUACUGCCCGGUUGUGGUCAACGGAGUCAAAAUUAGAGAACCUUGUUUUUUCCUUAUGAAGGACACUGGUUUGAACGAUACAGAAGUUGGAUUGAUUUUGCUCGUAGUUUCGCUAAGCGUCCUUUGCGGUUGCUUAGUCUGUAUUGUCAAAGUGCUCAAUUCGAUGCUAAAAGGUCAAAUCGCUGGCGUCAUCAAACGAGUACUCAAUGCUAACAUUCCUUAUGUCCCUUGGAUUACUGGGUACUUGGCCAUCGCAAUCGGCGCUAUUAUGACCUUUUUGGUUCAGUCCAGUUCGGUUUUCACAUCGGCACUGACUCCAUUAGUCGGCGUGGGCGUCAUUUCGCUGGAACGAGUUUACCCACUCACCUUGGGAUCCAACAUUGGCACAACAACCACUAGCGUGAUAGCCGCGCUUGCCGCCCCACCUGAACAACUACGCUACACUUUGCAGAUAUCGUUGUGUCAUUUUAUUUUCAACGUGACAGGUAUCUUGCUCUUUUAUCCAAUCCCGUUCACGCGCUUCCCCAUUCCGAUGGCUAAAUGUUUAGGCGAAACGACGGCCAAGUACCGAUGGUUCGCCAUCGCCUAUCUCAUUUUAAUGUUCUUCUUAUUGCCCGGCAUCGUUCUCGCCCUUUCUUUUGCUGGCACAAUCACUCUGAUCGCUGUUCUAGCUCCCGUCGUCAUCUUGAUGAUAGUCGUCGUGAUCGUCUCUGUUUUACAACGUAAAAUGCCGACUGCGUUACCGGUUGCUAUGCGGACCUGGAAGUUCCUCCCGCUUUGCAUGAGGUCCUUAGAACCCUUUGAUCGACUCCUAUCGAGCUGCAUUUGUUGUAAGAGUUCAGAUAAAAAUGGCAAUGAUCUUCCUGCUGGUCAUUCGAAUUUGGGAUACGAGUAACUGGUUGGGAGGAUGCUAUGCCUAUUUAAUGCCUAUUUACGCACCAUUUCGGCUAGUUCAUAUAUUUAUGAGCGGUACUUAGGCUAUGUUGCUUGCGAAUCUCUUGCUCUAGUAUUACCUAGAAUUUACCGCUAAAUGCAACUUCUUUUACGGCGGAUGGCGAGAUGAUUCGCAUCAAAGUUAGAAAAAAAUAGGCGAUUUAGGAAUACCGCCUAUACCCCAACCGCACUUCCACAGCCUUCGUAUUUAAAUUAUAAUUUUAUAUUAUUUCCAUGCAAUUACUAUUGCGUAACUAUAAAACUAUGAACAGAGUGUCUAAUCCGGAAAAAUGAAUCGAAUUGGUAUGCCUAAAAAGCGUUUUCAAUUCUAACGAGCGCACAAUUUUUAUGGCUAUAGAGACGGCUAUGUGCACGGUCAGAUGUUGUUACACUUUGAACAGAAUAGAAUCUCGUACACGUUUUUUUUUUCGUUUUUUUUUUUUCUUUUUGUAUAUGCCUGAUCGUUUUACAUAUAUUUAAAGGCAAUAUAUGCAGUUUGUUUCAA